AUGGAAUGUUUGCUCUGGUAUUUAGAAAUAAGGAACAAAGCAAUGCGUCCAUGGGGCCGGGCACCAGUAGGAAGGUCUGAAUAUAGUCGCAGGGUGACAUACUGACAGUGAAACAGUGACGCCCUAUUCAAAUUUGCUCAGUCGGGGAUUUUGUUUUGUUCCGCGUCUGGUGACAUAAUACUUGAGCAGCGGGCUGAUAAGCGCUAUCACUGGAUAAAAAUAGAUCAGGAUCAAGGGGUGACGGCCAGCUUUCGUGACAGAGCAUAUGGAAGUUGCAUAAGAAUCUGCUGAACGUAACCGUUCAAUCGCGGCCCAACUCUGUUGCAUACGGACACUGGUUGAAUUUUGUGGCACUGGCCCUACCAGACGAGCCACUUGGUAAAGAAAUUAGGCAAGGGUACGUCUGAUCCAUCAGCAAUAGUGGAAAACAUGGCCCAUAUUCAGGAAGCACUGUGGUUCCUGGACGUCCGCACGGUGUUACUGUGUUUGGUUGUGCUCCUGGUUCUUCGCUGGUUCUUUGGGCGACCUAAAAAUCUCCCUCCUGGUCCCUGGGGAUUUCCAAUCAUCGGUUCCAUUCCGGCUGUUGUACGUGAAAUACGACGCGGUGUGCAGCCGCACGAUAUCUUCAUGAGGUACGCCGCCAAGUACGGGCCCGUGUUUCAUCUGAAGGUUUUCAACACGACGGUUGUGGUCCUCAAUGACUAUGCAUGCAUGAAGGAAGCCUUUCAGCAUCCCCAGCUGAACCACAGACCCGAGAUGCUUUUUGCUGAACUCCUCGGAAGUGAAGCUGUUGGAACGGCCUCUGGUGAAAGAUGGAUCGAGCUUCGUCGGUUCUGCCUAACCGUUCUCAGGAGCUUUGGAGUGGGUAAAACAAGUUUCGAGGAGAAGAUCGGAGAGGAAGCUGAGGCACUAAUGAAGGAGAUGUCUGAUUUCAACGGGGAACCGUUUAACCCCAAACCUCUCCUCAGCAACGCGGCUUCUAACAUCAUCUGCUCCGUAAUUUUCGGGAAACGUUACGAGUACAGCGACAAAGAGUUUAAGAAACUCCUGUCUCUACUUGGAGAGAAUGGGAGAUUACUUGGAGCUGGGGGUGUUUUCAUUUUCUUCCCAGCGUUGCGCAAUCUGCCCUUUCUAUCGUCGAACCAACUGGAUUUAAAUAUGCAACAAAUUCGAAAGUUCUUAACGACCAUCGUCGACAAUCAUCGUGCUGCCUUCGACGCCGACAAUCUGGACGAUUUCACAGAUGUUUUCCUCAAGGAAAUUAAGGACAAUGAAGCAAAAGACAAAGUUGGCGUCAAGCACGGUCAUCUUACUGAAAAAAGUUUUGUUGGAACCGUAGGGAAUCUCUUCGCGGCAGGAACGGAGACCACUUCUACAACGCUCCAGUGGGCUCUCCUCUACAUGGUUGUCUAUCCCAAGAUCCAGCAGCGAGUUCAAGCUGAGAUCGACGACGUGGUCGGUCGCAACCGCCUGCCCAGGAUGGCGGACAAAUCGGAACUGAAUUUCACUCGAGCGGUUAUCUGGGAGGUUCAGCGACUGACUAUUGUCGCUCCUUUGGGUGUUGCACACGCUGCCGCUUCUGAUGCUAAGUUGAGGAAUUUUAUGAUUCCUAAAGGUGCCUUGCUGGUCCCAAACCUAUGGGCAGUCGCUCGAGACCCAAACGUCUGGCAAGAACCAGAUGAAUUCAAACCCGAGAGAUUCCUAAACGACAAGGGAGAGGCUGUUCAAGUAGAUGAGCUGAUACCGUUCAGCGUCGGUCGUCGUAGCUGCAUCGGUGAACACCUGGCGAAAAUGACACUGCUGAUCUUCUUCAGCUACUUCAUGCAUCAGUUUACGUUCAAGAAACCAGAGGACUCUCCUCCACUGUCUUUGAAGGGAAGAGGCGGGUUCUCAAACUCGCCUCAUGUAUUUAACAUCUGCGCUUUUAAGCGAGAUUAAAGGUAACCGAGAAAAGGCCUUUUUGCAUAUCAAAGCAACUUGAUUUAAGGACUAGGUAAAAGUAAGGGGCAUAACCAGGGAUUUUUUCAGUGGUGGGGGUCGGGGCAGUCAGAUUUUUUAUAGGUUGUGCAAUAGAUUAUGUGCUGAUUGACAUAUAUAUAGAUUUUCCCGGCCGCAUUCGUCAUCUUAGCACAUCCGGAUUUUUCUCUAGAGCUCCACUUUCGAGACUGUGACCACGGAGACAUUCGAGGAGUUGCCGACACUUUGUAUCAGAAUCAGAUGCAUUGUUCCCAAGAGAUGACCCCACAGAGCUUUAUCAAGAUACUGCCAUGUCUGUCUUGUUCCCUGUAGACCCAUUGGUACUAGUAACACAGCCUUGAAGUUGCCUUGAAUGGUAAAAAAGCAAGUUGGCUGCCCCAUGAUAAAGGCCUGUAUGCCUAAUUUACUACACCGCGCGCUUGGCUUCACUCUAUGAGUCAAACCAAGGUUGCGUUUCCACUGUUGUAGUUUCGAUAAGCUGCCUGCCUGUUUUCGACUCGAUGUUUCCAAGCAGGCAUCGCCUAAAUCCUCUUCACUGCAGUCUAGAAGGCCGAUGGACCAUCGAUGUCACGUUCAUAAAUGGUGAAACGGUCCAAUCGGCCUUCUCCUUCAAAAUGCACAAAGGGUUGCAAUCACUCCCAGACCUACAUGCUCAGAUGUCUGGCCCGCCAAGAAGUUGACUGCUGAACAUUUAAUUCGUGAUACAGAGAUAUACUGCUUUUAACAAGGCACUAUUUGAGUAAAUAUUAAAAAAAAAUUAAAAAGGGCGGAUAACGAUUAAUUAAUGUUUAUUUUGAAUGUUAGUGCUUUUCGUUUUUUUAUUCUCAACAUGAAUCGUUAUGAAAAUAAAGAAUAACAGCAAAAUAAACCAUAAACACAGAAAAAUAAUACAUGUAUGAAUGGUUAAAGUUAAGA